AUGUAUCUAACUUCAAUUACGUUAUCCCACAAUGAGCAUGUUCUUAUGCGGAGCAAGAGGAGAUGGGUGCUGUCUACUUUUGAAAUUGAAGAGAACCUUUCUGGACCUUUUCCCAAACUAUUCACAGAGUUGCACAAUGAUCAGCACAUAAAUGGAGCCACCAAAUUUCGUAUCGCUGGCCAGGGUGUGACAGAGGACCCAAAGGGUGUGUUUACGAUUAAAGAAAGAACUGGUGAAAUCUAUGUACACAAGCCCUUAGACCGAGAAGCGUUUUCCAUUUUAAAAGUGCAGUUUGAUGUGUUGGAUCUGAAUGAUAAAUUGGUUGACAAAACAUUAUAUUUCAAUGUGAUUGUAAUCGACAAGAAUGAUAAUCCACCAAUAUUCAACCCUAAGGUUUUAAAUGUACAUAUUCCAGAGAACCUGAAAGAAGGUAUGCUUCCACUUUCACUGACAGCAAGUGACAAAGAUGAGGAAGGCAAAGAUAACUCCCGCAUUUCAAUGAGGAUUGUGUCUCAGUAUCCAGCCUCACCAACAUUUUUCCUGGAAUCCCUUGUUAGCAUGCAGAACAGCUUGGUCUCAAAGCUUGGCUUUACUGGAUGCUUUAAUUAUGAUAAAGUAAAGGCUUAUAAAAUCCUUGUUGAAGCUCGGGAUCAUGGAAAGCCAUCACUCUCUUCCACUGCGACUGUAAAUGUCUUCAUCACUGACUCAAACACACAUGCACCUGUUUUUACUCUUCCAAAGUUCAAUGCUCAGGUUAAUGAAUCGGAAAACAAUAAGGAGAUUUUAAGGAUUCCUGUGAAAGAUCAGGACACUCCCAGAACUCCAGCAUCCAGAGCAGUGUUCACUAUCCUGAAGGGUAAUGAGGAGGGCAACUACAAGAUAGAGACGGAUCCAGUUACCAAUGAAGGAGUGCUGACUGUCAUCAAGGGAAAGGAUUAUGAGAAAACUACUCUAGCUGAGCUGGAAAUAGGACUGGAGAAUGAAGAGCCAUUAUUUUUAUGCAUUGAUGGAAAGCCAGUUAAUCCUGUACCAGAGGCUUUGAAAAAUUACAGCACGGCAAAAAUUGCUGUAAAAGUAAUGGAUGUGAAUGACCCACCCGUGUUUCGGAAUAAAAUUCAGAAGGUUUACAGAUUUGAGGGGGAGGAGCCAGGAGAUGUGUUGUAUACACCCACAGUCACAGAUGAAGAUUCAGAUCCAGCAAACAUUAGGUAUGAGCUCGUACAUGAUCCAGCUCGGUGGAUGUCCAUAGACCCAAAGACAGGCAAGAUUACCCUGGUGAAGAAGAUGGACCAUGAGUCUCCCUAUGUCCACAACAGUACCUACACUGUGAUUAUGCGAGCGAUAGAUGAUGGGGAACCUCCUGCAACCAGUACAGGCACUCUAGUGGUCUAUGUGGGAGAUAAGAAUGAUAAUGCACCCCAUCUUACCUCCAACACUUCAGUGAUGUGUGUGAAUAAAGUUGACAGAGUCACAGUUAAAGCAGAAGAUGCAGAUGAUUUUCCCUUUAGUGGACCCUUUACCUUUAUGCUUGGAACUGAUGAUCAGGAGCUGCAGAACCUGUGGAAGCUUGAGAAAAGCAUAGUAGGGACUGAAACCUCGUUGAUCAGGUUAUACAUCUUGCCAUAUGGGAAUUACACAGUUCCGCUCAAGAUUGUGGACCAACAGGGGGUGGUAGCACAUAAUGUCUUGCAAGUCAUGGUAUGUGACUGUGAGAAAGGAGAUGUGUGUCGAAAACCAAGACCCCGAUUUUUCCACCUACAUAUAGCAGCUAUAGGAAUUCUACUUGGAGCACUGCUCAUGAUGGCUGUGCUGUUCUGCUCUUGUAUUCUCUGCGAGUGCCGAGAGAAAAAAUGCGUGCAGAACGAUUACUUGCAAUCUGAUGGAAACCAAACCCUGAUCACAUACAACGAUGAAGGAGGAGGUUCACUUUGUAAGGCUGAUCCACAGAUCUUGAUUAGCUUGGGGACAGAACAGAACGAAUUUUCGCCGAGCCCCAGUAAUUAUUCUGGCACCAUCAGGACAGGAACUUUUCAGCCUACACUGGUAUCCAAUGGACUUAGAGGUAGAUCUGACUGGGGAACCAUCUACGGAAGGUCAACACCAUUUAUAAGAAACAGUCGGAAUAGUUUGUAUGACACUGUUCAGAGUGGGUUGACCAGAGCCUUAAGCUAUAACAUAGAAGACUUCAUUAAAACGAAGCUCUCUAAACUUUCUAUGGAGCAGCAGGACUACUCUGAAUAUGAGCCAUGUGAUUACAGCUCUGAAGGCAAUAAUGUCAACAACGUGUCACUGGACAAGCUGUCCUUCCACAGCACUGGAGAUGAUCUGGAUCUUCUGCAGAAUUUGGGACCAAAAUUCAGCACUCUGGAUGGGAUCUGUCGACAAGUGUUUAAAGAAAAAAACAUUAACCUGUAACUUAUUAAAAUACUAUUUGCUUGCAUAAUAGAUUUUACAGCUUUUAGAGAAGUCUUCAUGCGGUGUGUUCAAGUUACUAAACUGAGUUGUCAGACCCAAACUUGGCCAUAGCACAGAGCUCUAAUGAUGCAUAACAUGUUUUGGACAUUCAAACCAGCAAAGUAGUAGAGACAAGACAUGUUAUUUGGUAUAGUUCCUUCUAUACAUAAUACAUAUCUAGUAUUGUGCCUCGGCUCAAUAUUCUCUAUCCUCCCUAACCCUAACCCUCUAGAGAUAUAAAACAUCAUUUAUUUGUUUUUUAGAAUUACCUAAAUGUUAAAAAAGGAAAAAGCUUACUUGAUUACUGGAUGUGGGCUCAGUAAGAGAAUGUAUUUAAUACUCUAUGAUUUAGGAAUUGUUUUUGUACAGUAAGUUGU